AUGCAACCAAACAGAAACGAACCACAGCCCAUUCCUCCCUUCUCUGAAAGUUAUUCCUAUGAUUUAGGACCUUUACCACAAUACCAACUAGAACCAACUCUUUCCGAUUUUAAUAAUAACCAAAACAUCACCAAUGACAAUUCCACCAAUUCCACAAACAGUACUAGAACCAAAAAAACGAGACAAUUUCGUCGUGAUCGUGAUACACAAAUCAGUACUCCUCCGACCUCAUCAUCAUCAUCAUCAUUAAAUAAUAUUAAUAAUAAUAAUAAUUCUAGAAAUUUAGAAAAAAACAAUUCAAGUAGCAGUAAUAAUAAUAAUAAUAACAUGGUGAGUGUUGCUCCUGGUAUUUCCAUAAUACCUGGUAAUCAACAUUUGAUAAAUAAUAAUGCAAAUUCACUUCCGGAGAGGAUUGAAGGUGGAGCUACUAAAUGUCCAAUCUGCACACGAAAUAAACAAUCGUGUGAAGAAGCUAAAUCCCUGAUGGGUAAGCUAGGAGUUAGUAAUCCAUUCCUCAAGGCACAGAAUGAUGCAUUCAAUAAAAAGGUUACGAGACAUAAGGGGAAAAUCAAAAUGAAGGAAUUCAAUGCAUCAAUUAGAGAGGAAUUUAAACAAUUAUUGGGGAAAAUUGAGGGGAAAAUAUUUAGAAAUGAAGAGGAAUAUUCAACAUUUCUAAAGAGGGAAUAUUAUGAUCAUUUGAAUGAAUACUUAAAAGAGACAGUAAAUAGUAAUGAGGAUGAUGAAGAGUAUCAUAGCAAUGAGGAUGAUGAAGAAGAUGUCUCAGAAAUUAGUACUGAGGAAGAUGAGGGCAGUGAUACUGAAACAUCAGAUGAAGAUGAAGAAUACCCAAAGAAGAGAAAGAGUAAAGCAUCGACACCAAGCUCUAAAAAGAGUAAAGCUGACAAGUCAACAGCCAAAGCAAGCAGUUCAACCACUAACGUUGCUUCCUCUUCAUCCUUUGCAUCUGUUGCUCCAUUAGGUGAAGCAAAAGUUGAGCUUGUUGCCUAUCAAGAAAAGUACAAGGAUCUUAACAUUUACAUGUUAUGCAUUCUUAAUCUUUCAGAUUUUGAUAAUUUUGACAAAUUCAAAUCAGCAAUCAAAAAGGAAUUGCUAAUUACACAUGACAAUUUCAAAAUUUACUUUAAAUUUGGAAUACUUGGGAAGAGUUUCAUUAUUACAAAUUCCAAAAUACUUGAAAAUCUUAAACAACAAAAUAUUUUAGUGAACUUUUCUAAUCAUUUGCAAUCCAGAACUGAUCUUCCAUCUACCAUUGAUUGUAAUUUGUUGGAAGAAGUUGAAUUAAUCAAGUGUGAUGGAAUUGAUGAGAUUUUUGAAAAAUUGGAAAAGAUUACAAAAGAAUAUUGUGAAAAGGAAUUAAAGAUUUAUGGAUCUACUGUUGAAAAAUCAUUCAGAAAUUGCAUUCCCCUCAAUUCAUUGACAUUCAAGUUUUGUUCUGAUGUUGGAGACAAGGCAUGUGUUUCUAGUUCCAAAUUAUUUAAGAAUCUCAACAAGUUGUGGUUUGAUAAGAAUAAGAAACCAACAGAGUUGACCUUUGGUGUUGCUCCACAAAGUGGUUUUACAGGUAUUUUGCACGAGAACAAUGGAUUGGUGUCUGUCUUGUAUCAAUUCAGAGAUUCUUUGCGGAGUUUAAAGCUGUCAGAGUUUCUUUUCCAUACAUCAACCACUCCAGAGGAUACACCUUACAAUUUUACAAAAGUAUUGAGUUUAUUGACGAAUUUGAAAGAUAUUCAACUUGAUUUAGGAAGCACCAAUACAUCAGUCUCGACUCAAUCUGUAUUUUUAGCUCAGAACAUGUUUGAAAUUUCGAACAGUGUUGAAAGAAUAGUUCUCAAUGAAUGUGGUGAUAUAUUGACACAAGAAUUUUGGGAUGUCAUGACUGGAAACAAUGUUAAAGACGAGACUACCAUUUUUUAUCCUAAUCUACACACACUCACUGUUCACAGUGGCAAAAUGUAUAACAUUACCUCUAGUUUAAUUAGAGAAAAUGCAUUCCCUAAAUUGGAAAAUGUUACCUUUGACUAUUGUUGCAGAAUUGAGAGUUUGUACAAGGAUGCAAAAGAAUCCUCAACUUCAACCUUCGAACAGAAUGAAGAAGUCAUCACCACCAACAAGAAACAAUUUAAAAACAUUACAUUCGAUAGAUGUAUCAGAUUGAAACAAGGAAUGAAUCAAUUUAUUUCCAUGUGCAAUCCAAAACUGAUUGAUACGUUUGACUUUUUGCAAAUGAAAGAAUGCACACGUUAUGAUUGGUUAGGUAAAUUGACCAGUGUGAAGCAUGUCAACUUGACCAGCAAUAUUAAUCUCAAGGAUGAUGAUUUGAAGUAUUUGGCAAAUUGUGAACAACUUGUCUCACUUUCUCUAGCUCACAACAAGACUCUGAAUGGUUCUGGACUCAAAUACCUGGCCGAUUCUACAAGAAUUUGUGAAACUUUGCAGUUCCUUAAUGUAGAUUGGUGUUCCAAAUUUGAAGAUCAAGCUCUAGAGCAUAUUUCAAAGUUUACCAAUCUAAGACAAUUACACAUUUUACAUGUAAAGAUAUUGUCUCGCUUUGAUUUAUUGAAGAGCUUAACCAAGUUGGAAACUCUGUUGCUUGUUCGUUGUUUCAACUUGUCUGACGAGAGUAUUAUUCCAGUCAUUGAAAAUUGUAAAGAUCUGAAGGUGUUAUCACUUCAUGGAGGGCAUCACGGUUACAAUGAAGCCAUGUCCAAUAAGAUUUUGAAAGCAAUUUCUCAAAAUUUACACAAUAUCAGACAUUUGACUGUUAAUUUUGCUCCAAUCACCAACGAUGGCGUUAAAUUGCUUGCCAAACUUCAUUACUUGGAAUAUUUGGAUGUAAUGAGAAGUAAGGCAUCCGAUAAGAUUUUAAAAUACUUCCCAAACACUUCAGUUGUUCUUGAUAUCAAACAAAUAUCCCAAUAA